AUCCAAGCGGCCCAUCAGACGGGCGCUGAUUCGCAAUUUUUUUUCAAAAUUUCAGUCGGUUUCAAAAUUUUCGUAAAGUAAUAGUUUUUUUAUAUAGUUUUUUUUAUUAUAUAUUAUUUUAGCAUCGGAUCGUCAAAAUUACCAGUACUAAUCAUGCAGAGGGAGUGCAUAUCAGUGCACGUUGGGCAGGCGGGAGUGCAGAUGGGGGUGGCGUGCUGGCAGCUGUACUGCCUCGAGCACGGCAUCCGCCCCGACGGGACGCUGCCGGCCUGCGAGCAGGACUCGAAUGCGGCAGACUCCUGCUUCAACACCUUCUUCUCAGAAGCAGACCGAGGAAAGAUGGUUCCAAGGGUCGUUAUGGUGGAUUUAGAAGCCACCGUUAUUGACGAAGUUCGCUCAGGGGAGUACCGACAACUAUACCACCCAGAGCAAUUAAUAACCGGCAAAGAGGAUGCAGCUAACAACUAUGCACGUGGCCAUUAUUCCACCGGCCGAGAAGUGUUAGGGCCUGUCAUGGAACGCGUCAGAAAACUGGCGGACCAGUGCACCGGGCUACAGGGUUUCUUCGUGUUCCACUCGUUUGGUGGCGGUACAGGUUCCGGUUUCACGUCACUGCUAAUGGAGAAACUCUCAGAGGAAUUCGGCAAGAAGAGUAAACUAGAGUUCGCUAUAUAUCCAGCACCACAAGUGUCGACAGCCGUGGUGGAGCCCUACAACGCGGUGCUGACCACACACGCCACCAUCAGCCACUCGGACUGCGCCUUCAUGGUCGACAACGAAGCCAUAUACGACAUCUGCAGGCGGCGGCUGUCCAUCGAGAGGCCAUCGUAUGCGAACCUCAACAGGCUUAUUUCACAAGUGGUGUCGUCGAUCACAGCGUCUCUGCGGUUCGAUGGUGCGCUGAAUGUAGACCUGACUGAAUUCCAGACGAACCUCGUUCCUUACCCACGCAUACAUUUCCCGCUCGCUGCGUACGCGCCUGUCGUCUCAGCUGACAAGGCAUAUCACGAAGGGAUGUCAGUGUCAGAGAUCACAGCGGAGCUGUUCGAGCCACAGAACCAGAUGGUCAAGUGUGACCCUCGCGACGGCAAGUACAUGGCGUGUUGUCUUCUGUACCGCGGUGACGUCGUGCCCAAGGAUGUGAACGCUGCCAUCGCGGCGAUGAAGGGCAGGGCUGGGAUUCGGUUUGUGGACUGGUGUCCCACUGGGUUCAAGGUGGGCAUCAACUACCAGCCGCCAUCGGUGGUGGCUGGCGGUGACCUGGCGCAGGUGAAGCGCGCUGCGUCUAUGCUCAGCAACACUACUGCCAUCGCCGAGGCGUGGGGCAAGCUCGACCACAAGUUCGACCUUAUGUACUCCAAGCGAGCGUUUGUGCACUGGUAUGUAGGCGAAGGCAUGGAGGAAGGAGAAUUUUCAGAAGCGCGAGAAGACCUUGCGGCACUAGAAAGAGAUUACGAAGAAGUCGCCAUCGAGACGUCGGAGAUGCAGCCGGGCUGCGAUGACGAGAUAUGACGCGCCGCGGAGCUCGCGCCGCACGCCGCACCCCUCCGCCGCGCGCCCGACACGCAGCCCGCACAGGCUGCACAUGACAAAGUGCACGUUCUGCUGCAGUUUGCACAGAAGGUCGUUCUCCCUAUUUAACCUACGAUUGACAGUAACGAAGAUAAAAUCGAUGUUCGGUGCACAGUUUUCUCGGCAACCGCAACUCGUGUGGUUGGUCUGUGCGUGUCUAAACAUGGCGGCUGCGCAGCGUCGCCGCCGAAGCGGACGCCACAAAACCGCGGCCGCACGUUUAUUGAUAUUGAUUAUUGCAGAACUGUGAAAAUUAUUUUAAAGGUUCGAAAAUGUCCGCGGAGGUCGGAUGAUGCUCGAGUUGCUAGUGCCUUCCACUGCAGUGCCCUGACUGUGUGGCGUGUCCGAGUUGUGCUCCCUCGCCACUCACUAUAGUUUCUCCGUCGAGCAGUCUUGCGACGUCAGUUUUUAGUUUAUUUUACUUUGGAGGGUUUUUAAAUUUUAAUGCAAAUACUGGACGGAGAAAUGAUAACAUUAUUAUUAUCCCAAAUCAUGAAGAAAUUUUUAGAUAGUGUUUUGUAGCGAAUCGCGUAUGAGUGCGGUGUUAUAGCGGCGCUAUUUGUUGUAAGUGUAAUGUUUAGUAUUUGUGUACGUCUGUCUGUGUUUGUUAAAAAGAUCGAAAAAGUUUACAGUGUACCGUCUGAUGUUCUUGUCGCAAUAAAAUGUCCAGUUUAUUUUC